UUCUGAAUGUUUGAUUUAGAUUUUGAUUAACACGACUUCAAACUACUAAAAUAAAAGUAAACAAAAAAGUUACUAUUAAUUGGUGCUGUUUUUUUUAUUGAAGCUUAAUUAUUUGAUGCAGGUUUCUCCAUCCCUCCACAGUUUUCAAAUUUCAUCAAAUGGGUUUUGUUCGAACUCCAAGCGUAAGUAGCAGCGAUUACCUCGAAGGCAUGAUGAACGAUUACGCCGCAGGAAAAGGUAACAAAGCAAGAGUAGCAAAGUUCUCCUCUGCUCGCCUCGUAGCUGCCCUCACUUUCCUCCAGUUCACUUUCGCCAUCUACGCCACUUUUCUCCUCUACUACAUGAGCCCUUCUGUCGAUCUCCGAACAAAACCAGACUUCUCAUGGGCCACUCGAGUCGCUCAACAGUGGAGGCACUUCAUCGUUCAGCCUCAUCAAAUGCUCGCCGGUGUUCAAGAAAACCUAGUCCCUCUAUUGCCAUCAGAAGUCUGCGAGCGAGAGCGGAUCGAUUUUGAACAGAAGAAAUCUAAUGAUGCUGUUAUGAUAAGGCUCAAGAGAGAGCUCUAUGACGAAGUGUUGCAGUUUCAGAAGAGUAGUUUCGGGACGGAAACGCUCGAUGAGCUCAUGAGAAUGAAGUCCAAAUGGAGCUUGACGAGUCCUAACAUACCUAAAGUUACUGUCAUCUUGAACCAUUUCAAGAGGAAAACGCUUUGUUCUCAGCUCGAAUCGCUGCUUCAUCAGACGCUGCCUUUUCACCAUGUGUGGGUGCUUUCCUUUGGUAGUCCAAAUGAGCUCUCCCUGAAAAGAAUUGUAGACAGUUACAACAAUUCAAGAAUUAGCUUCAUCAGCUCGAGCUAUGAUUUCAAGUACUACGGAAGAUUUCAGAUGGCUCUACAAACGGAAUCAGACUUUGUCUAUAUUCUCGAUGAUGAUAUGAUACCAGGGAGGAGAAUGCUGGAGAUACUGACGCACGUUGGAGGAACCGAUAAGUACCAGAAUUCUGUUCUGGGGAGUAUAGGAAGGAUACUUCCUUUCAGGGAGAAGAACUUUAGGUUUCCCAGUUACAGGAAGUUUCGGUCAAAGGAGGCAGGAUUGUAUUUACCUGAUCCUGCAUAUGACAUAACCGUUGAUAGAAUCGUGCAGGUGGACUUCUUGUCGAGCUCUUGGUUUCUGUCUGCUGAUCUUGUGAAGACGCUGUUCGUGGAGAAACCCUUCACUUUUAUGACUGGUGAAGAUCUGCAUCUCAGCUAUCAACUCCAGAAGUACAGAAAUGCGGGAUCCUAUGUGCUUCCAGUUGAUUCGAAUGACAAGGAAACAUGGGGUGACAGUGAGCACAGGCUUGCUUAUGUGUCCGAGACCACCGUAAUCUUCAAGGAUAUCGUCGAAGUACGAGAUGAUCAAUGGUGGAAGGCACUCACUAGCGGCUACGUCACACAGUGGGCUGCGAUGUACCCUCAGAAGAUCGACGCUCUCUUCUAUGCUCAUUCGCUUGACGAAGUGAAAGCGUUAGCUCCUUUGCUGGAGAAGUUCAGAGCCACAGCUAGAAGGAAGGCCUAUAUCGCGGUCUCCGGUGGGAGCUUCUGCCCUUGUGAAGAAGCCGCCGCAGCUCUCAACUGGCCUAGGACAGUAUGCAAGGAGAGGUGGUUCAAGAUCUUUGAUCUAGAUGUUGGAGCCAUUCUGGGAGUUUCCAAUUCAGAGGUCCCAAUCUUGCAAUCGGUCUACUCUAGCAUCAAGGGGCUUCUGAAAAUUCACAAUCCCAGUAUGCUUAUAACAGUUGCUGAUGUAGACGUCAAUGUGAAGAAUGCUCUCAAGAUGGCUGCCGAAACUAGUCAGAACCAGACAGCUUUGGUUCUUCUGCCAAGGUCUUCCAUCACCAAGGUUCUCUGGAUUCCUAGUCUAAGACCAGCAGCAUUAACAAACUGGAACAGGAUGAGGCUCUCGGUCAACGUCAUCACCCAGAACCGUGCAACCUCUCUUCUUAGACUCCUCCAAUCCCUCCAGAAUGCUUUCUAUCUUGGAGAUGAGGUCCCUUUGAGCUUCAACAUGGACAGCAGGGUCGACGAGGAGACCCUGAAGAUUGUCGGAUCCUUCAACUGGACACAUGGGCCCAAAGUCAUAAAAAGGAGGAUCAUUCAAGGUGGCCUGAUCCGAGCAGUUAGCGAGAGCUGGUACCCUUCCUCUGAUGAUGAUUUUGGCCUCUUACUGGAAGAUGACAUUGAGGUAUCUCCCUACUAUUUUCUAUGGAUCAAGUAUGCUCUCAUGGCUUACUACUAUGAUCCCCAAGUCUCCCUCCCUGAGCUUUCUUCCAUAUCUCUUUACACCCCAAGGCUCGUUGAGGUGGUGAAGGAGAGACCCAGAUGGAAUGCAACUGAAUUCUUCAAGAAGAUUCACCCCAACACUCCUUACCUCCAUCAGCUCCCCUGCAGUUGGGGAGCAGUUUUCUUCCCCAAACACUGGAGAGAGUUCUACGCGUACAUGGGCUCAAGGUUCACUGAAGACGCAAAGCAGAGCCCGGUUCAAAUUCCCAAGUCAAGGACUAAUGGCUGGCAAGCCUCGUGGAAGAAGUUUCUCAUUGACAUGAUGUACUUGAGAGGGUAUGUUAGCUUGUAUCCGAACUUCCCAAACCAAAUGAGCUUCUCGACGAACCAUAUGGAGCCAGGAGCACACAUCAGCGCCAAGGACAAUGUGGUGAAGCACAACAAGGAAGACUUUGAAGUGCCCCUGCUGCGUGAUGAUUUCGCCAAUUAUUUGCCAGUUGGGAAGUUGCCUCCAGCUUCGAGGUUGCCAGUCCUGAACUUGUUUAAUCAACCUACACCACUGAAGGGAUUAAAAGCAGCAGGAGCAAAGCUUGGACAAGAUGUCAUCAAGUGUAGCAGUGACAGUGAGAUUGUCGUGGUUGAUCACAGUACAGGUUUACCUCAGACUUGCUCACAGUUAUAAGAAGAAUGAUGUUAACCAGAAGGUAUUCAUUUAAUUUUUUGCUAUGUUCUUGGGGGACGAGGUGUUAUAUUUAGAUUCAAAAGAUUGAAGGGCCUGUGGCAGUGGGCUCAUUUGCUACUUUUGGCGGGAGCGGAUAUUGCCGUAACAAAAUAUGUACUUAAUCUGUGUUAUUUUGCAAAUUACUGAUUCUUGUUCAUUUUCCUAAUGAAGGGUAUUUCACAAUUUCUACGCUAAUGUAGCCAAAAGUGACUUCUUAUCGUCCGUUCUCUCUUGCACGCACAAGCCGGUUGAAGUGUUUUUUGCAUAGAUGAGAAAUCACAUAACAUUCUUCACCUAUGACUCGAGUGGGUUCAGUCUUUACAUUAACACCAUCUACAUUGGUAUUCUGAUGCACGGAAACAAUAACUUGAUUGUGUAUCAGAAAAUACUUGAAAGAGGAAAAUUGACAGCAUGAUCAUCCAAUAACAAUAUUUAAGUGGUUAGUCAAGGAAAUUUUUUGUUUGGACUGAUUAUCUCAUGUAUACUCAUAAGCGAAAAAAUAUGAACACGAAAAUCCUUUACCUGUCCCUCGAAAGCAUAUAAAGACCAUCCAUGUGCAUGACUAAUACCAUUCAGUAUUUUAUGUAUGUCAUGAAAGUUAUAUAGAUCACAAUUCCUUCUAUUCGAACAUAUUAUGACUUUUUUAAAAUAAAAAAGGAUGAAUUUUAAUGUAUAGUUGGUGUUACUUUCCUUUGGUAGGGAGAGGAAU